AUGACAACUCCUACAUCUCAAGACGAGUCGUCCCUGAUCAGGGCUCUGGAAAACGAGCAGCAGUAUGAGAAUACCGCUUCGGACGAAGGACGUCCACCGGUGCCCACAGAAGUUUCCCACAGGCUUCGGCAGCCCGGCGAAGAUGCGGAGACUUGUGUUUCUUCAGUAACGGAUGUGCUGCAGAAUGCCGAUCUGUUUGUAGAUCACAUGUACCCAACUCUGAAUGCGGUUGUAGAAGAAGAGGAAUCACAUUCCAAUAUGGUGCUCAAGUCACUGAACAACAACUCAAACCGUUCUCCUACCAUAUCGACUACAACAACAGAGGAGACACAAAGGCACCAGACCUCUCGUAAACAAUACCAGCAGCACGAGUCAUCUGGAGACAUAUCCCUAAACCAAUCAGCGGUCAAGGAAGAGUUACAAAGCAAUGAGGCAGCUGUGCUCAAGGCUGCCAGGAUGGAUAUGCGUGACCAGGCUUCUCCAGCUGUCACUAUUGCUGUCGGCAUCGGCAGUAGAAAGUCACCGGCCGCACCAGCAGACAAAUCUGACCAGCAGCAGGACGAUCAGAAGGACCUUCCUUCCAAACAAAGCAAACCAGAAGCUACUAUGCAAUUCAAAGAAACCACUACCAGUAACAUCGAUCCGACAAUUGCUGCCAUUGAUCUCGCCAAAACAAAUUUAUCAGAAGACAGAUACCCCAUAGGUGCCAAAAAUAUGGAAGGAUCAUUCCGAGAGGCUGCACAAGUUGAAAUUCAGCCACUCCCACAACAGCCAGCCCUCAACAGUCAACAACCAGUAUCAAUACCAGGAGCCUACAGCCAUGGUGGCCGUCCUAAUGCCGCUGGCACUGCUGAUGACACCCAUAUUGUCCCAGUUCCUCUGUUUACUGCCACAACAACAUCUGCUCAAACGAGCAAUAAGAUGACACAACUGAGAUAUUUGGCCCACAUUGAUAUAAGUACAAAUGGCUUGGUGGGCACCCUGCCAACGGAACUUGGUUUGAUGUCCAGUUUGACGGAUUUUACAGUAAAAGCAAAUGCUGUCACUGGGACCAUCCCAACUGAGCUGGGGCAGCUUACCCUCUUGAAAUGGUUGGAACUAUCAGGCAACUCACUUGUGGGCACACUGCCCAGUGAACUUUGGUUGCUUACUUCUCUUGAGACUUUGGCUGCAGGGUACAGUGUGCUUGGGUCGAAUAAUGCAGUUGGAAACUAUUUGACAGGCCAGUUGCCAAGCGAGAUUGGAACAAUGACUUCACUGGUACAACUGAGCUUUUCGCGAAAUCUGUUUACGGGUGAAAUACCCAGUGAAUAUGGGCUGCUGACGUCCCUCGAAAAUUUCUUCUUGUUUGACAACUUUCUUUCUGGUGGUUUGUCCAGUGAGGUUGGAAUGAUGACCAUGCUCAAAAAUUUCCGGAUUCAAGGCAACAUGCUAUCAGGACCACUUCCAAAUGAACUGCAGAAGCUGGCAUCACUUAAAUGGCUUAACCUCCAAAGCAACAACUUCUCUGGCACCAUUCCUUCCGAGCUGGGAUUGCUGACUGGCCUGCUCGAUCUCAGACUCGGGAGCAAUCGUUUCCUGGGUGGCAUCCCUACUGAGCUGGGACAGCUAAUGUCACUGCGAGUGCUUGAUUUGGCUGAUUUGAUGCUGACGGGAUCUGUUCCGUCAGACUUUGUUCUCAUGUCAAGCUUGGGAUGGUUAAAUCUUUCUGGCAGCGUUGGGCUGUCUGGAACAGUGCCAGAUGAACUAUGCUUUUUUCAGAAUUCCUCUUGCAGAAACACUUGGGGUCUCCCUUGCUUUUUCGCUUUUGAUUGCACUGACCAGCUUUGUGGAUGUGAUUGCUUGUGCUCCAAUGAGACAUACACACUUAAGCACUAA